AAGUUACCUAUCUCCAAUCAACUCACUGAUUUUAAUAAUGCUCCUACAUCUUCAGUUUCGUUGUUUGAUUCCUAUAGCCCUCGCCUGUGCCUCCUACGUGGCUGCUCAUGGCGAUGAGGAAUCACACGAUAUGCCGAUGCCUGCGAUGGUGUCGUCUUCUUCUCCGUCCUCCCACCAGACUCCAGUUCCUCAUGUAAUGCAUCAUAUGCACGGAGUGCCCAUCCUCCAAACCAACUUACAGCCACUCGAGAAACAAUUCUGGGACGCGUACAAUGCCACGAGCUACUUGUCGGUGGAAACUGGUAAUAAGUCUGCAUUCUUCACAUAUCUUGCCACAAUGGGGCUUGCGUUUGUGUUCGCAACUCCAUUGAUAAUGGUAAUGAAGAAUGUACAAGGCGUGACGCCUGGUUAUGUGACGGCACUUGUGGCUAACACGGCGGUAGUAUUGGUGGGACUUUUUAACUACAAAUUGUUCAUGUCAUCGGUGCCCGAUUUGUACCCAGGAAACAUUUUUGGUGUGUUCAACGGAAUAUAUUUUGUGACUAUGAUAGCCCAGUGCAUUGUGGCAGUGAUAGCAGCAGUGCACGCUCGCCGUACCGCUGGUGCAAGCUACGAGUCAAUUGACCUGGACGUUGACUCGCUCUCGUCUCCAUCCCCCACCUUGUAUGACCUUCUGCGCAACCAGAGUCCUCUGUCAUUCGAAUUGGACUCAUACCCUGUCAACAGUGAACCCCAUCAUGAUCUCGAGGCCAAUGAUCUCACGGUGCACCUUAAUUUACUCAAAAAACGGCCUUUUCCUGCGCUUUUCGCCAAAUUGAACGAUAACCCAUGGGUGGUUCGGUCGGGCGCCGCUGCUACUACUGCCAACUCCGUAUUGGCAUGGUUCAACUUCUUGUUCUUCUUGGUGUACGUCCCUACAGCGAUCGCGGUGUUUGGGUGUUUUGGUCAAGGAAACAAGGUGUUCAACUUACUCGCACAUUUCAUCAAAGGAGGCGUGUUUUUCAUAUUGGGCUUGGUCACAAUCGCCCGGUACUGUGGGGCCUGGAGCCAUAAGGGAUGGGCUUGGAACCACAAACUCGUGCGCGAGCGGGACCUCAGAAGUCGGUGGGUGCGUUUGCUGCCAAAAGGUCUCAUCACCAUGGAAUGGAUCGAGAGCUUCUUGGUUUUUUUCUACGGUUCCACUAACGUGUUCUUGGAACACUUGGCCAAUCCUGGCGGCGAGUGGAGUGCUAAGGACUUGGAGCACGCGUCGAUUGCUUUCAUUUUCAUUGGAUGCGGAUUGUGUGGUUUGAUCACUGAAGCAAAGUUAAGUAACUGGCGUCAUCAAUAUGCCAACUUUGACGACAAUAAGACUGUCAUCAAGGCUCUGCCAGGCUUCUCCCCCAACCCAUUCCCCAUCUUGUGCAUUUUCUGGACCGGAACUUUGAUGUCUCAACACCAGCAGGCGUCGGAGUUGUCCACCGCGAUCCACGCGCAAUGGGGCUCACUUUUAGCUUAUGGCACUUUUUUUAGAUUUGUCACCUACGUGAUGACAAUGGUUCUCCCCCGCCCUCGGGACUUGUCCAAGCCCACUCAACCCAUCACCGAGAUCAUAGCAGGUUUCUGCUUAUUGGCUGGGGGAGUUAUUUUCAUGGAGAGUUGUGAUCCCGUCAUUUUAGCGUUGGAAUGGAGAGGCUACGGCGCCAUGUUCACUUUGAACGUUUGUUUGGGGUUGGUGUUUUUGUUAAUGGCGUGGAUCAUGCUGGUGUUCCAAUUCAAGACGUGGCUACAAAGAAGAGCCCAUUAAUUUGUUAAUUUGUUAUCACAUAGUUUUAUAUUUAUGAAAGAACAGAAAUGUCCGAAAACACCCGUUUCCUCGGGUAUGAGACUCUCAAUUAAACUUCUAGUUUGGGCCACUCGUGGAUUUUGGUGGGGGGGUUCCAGUUUUGCAGCCAAAACUAACCCGACCACCAUAUACCCAAUUGCCCCCUAAAUCAUUCUCGAUCACUGCCAUGGGUGGCGUGACUCCCACUGAAGUG